GCUCCGGGUCCUGCCAGGAUGGCAGUGGUACCUCUGUUGCUGUUCGGGGGUUUGUGGGGCGCUGUGGGAGCAUCCGAUCUGACUGUAGUUACGUGCGGCUCUGUGGUAAAGCUACUCAAUACACGCCACAACGUCCGGCUGCACUCACAUGACGUUCGCUACGGGUCAGGUAGUGGGCAGCAGUCAGUGACAGGUGUAACCUCUGUGGAUGACAGCAACAGUUACUGGAGGAUACGGGGGAAGACUGCUACAGUAUGCGAGAGGGGAACUCCUGUCAAAUGUGGCCAACCUAUCCGGCUGACACAUGUCAACACUGGAAGAAACUUGCACAGCCACCAUUUCACCUCCCCUCUGUCUGGUAACCAGGAAGUCAGUGCAUUUGGAGAAGAAGGUGAGGGUGAUUAUCUGGAUGACUGGACAGUGCUGUGUAAUGGACCCUACUGGGUAAGGGAUGGUGAGGUGCGGUUCAAACACUCUUCAACUGACGUGCUGCUGUCUGUUACUGGGGAACAAUAUGGUCGACCCAUCAGUGGACAAAAAGAGGUGCAUGGUAUGGCCCAGCCAAGCCAGAACAACUACUGGAAAACCAUGGAAGGCAUCUUCAUGAAACCAAGUGAGUUGCUAAAGACAGAAGUACACCAUGCAGAGCUAUGA